ACCUUAAACUAUUUGAAAAGAAGAUGAAAAUGUUUGAACUCUUUCUUAGGUUCAGUAUAUUCUUUUUCUCUCCGUUUUUAUCUCAAGCUUAUAAUCAUGAUUCGAAUUACACCCGCCCGCCGCCUCGUGCAAACUUCAUCGUCUCUCAUGGCCACCCAAACUUCUAUCCUCAACAGGUGCACGUAUCAUUGGCGGGUAUGGAUCACAUGAGAGUAACAUACAUAACGGACGACACGAACGUGGCAUCGAUGGUAGAGUACGGUAAACGCCCAAAAAAGUACGACAGAAAAACAACUGGAGAAUCCACUUCUUAUAGAUUCUUCUUCUACAGCUCCGGCAAGAUCCACCAUAUCAAGAUUGGUCCUCUUCAGCCAAGCACCACUUACUAUUACCGUUGCGGUGGCCAUGGUAAAGAGUUUUCUUUCAGAACUCCUCCGUCCACAUUUCCGGUCGAGUUUGCCGUUGCUGGUGACCUUGGGCAAACUGAUUGGACGGUGAAAACAUUAGAUCAGAUUACAAAACGGGACUUCGACGUCUUCCUACUUCCCGGCGACCUCUCCUAUGCAGACAACCACCAGCCACUAUGGGAUUCUUUUGGCCGCCUCCUGGAGAACCUGGCUAGCACCCGCCCAUGGAUGGUCACCGAGGGAAACCACGAAAUCGAGUCUGCCCGGAUCAUUGAAGAACACAUAAGCUUUAAAGCAUACAAUGCCCGAUGGCUUAUGCCGCACGCUGAAAGCCUCUCUCACUCCAAUCUUUACUACUCUUUUGAUGCAGCCGGUGUCCACAUUGUUAUGAUUGGUUCUUACACCCACUAUGACUCCCACUCUGAUCAGUACCGGUGGCUCCGUGAAGAUUUAAGAAAGGUAACUUACUAA